UUACAGUAAGUUUGUUUAAAGAGUUCGGUGCAGUAACACGUGUGCAUGAUGCUUCUAAAAGUAAUCGCUCUUUUGCUGGCGAUAGGAUGUUUAAAUGCCGAAGUGUAUUUUGAAGAAAAAUUCGAAAAUGAUAAUUGGAAAACUGAAUGGAUCUAUAGUAAGCAUCCCGGAAAAGAGUUUGGAAAAUUUGUUCACUCUGCAGGCUCCUUUUACAAUGAUGCUGACUUGGACAAGGGCAUUCAGACAUCGCAGGACGCACGUUUUUAUGCAUUGUCUAAUAAAUUCGAUGGAUUCUCGAAUAAGGGCAAACCUUUGGUGGUUCAAUUUUCUGUAAAGCAUGAGCAAAAUAUUGAUUGCGGAGGCGGUUAUGUGAAGUUGUUUGAUUGCUCUCUGGACCAAACGGAUAUGCAUGGUGAAUCGCCUUAUGAAAUUAUGUUUGGACCCGACAUCUGUGGACCUGGCACCAAAAAAGUGCAUGUGAUUUUAAGCUACAAAGGCAAGAAUCACUUAAUCAACAAAGAUAUUCGUUGCAAGGAUGACGUGUAUACACAUUUCUACACUCUGAUUGUGAAGCCAGACAAUACCUAUGAAGUGCUAAUUGAUAAUGAGAAAGUGGAAUCCGGCAAUCUUGAGGAUGAUUGGGAUUUCUUGGCGCCCAAAAAGAUUAAGGAUCCAAAUGCAAAGAAACCUGAAGAUUGGGACGAUAAGGCCACGAUUCCCGAUCCUGAUGAUAAGAAACCUGAGGAUUGGGAUAAGCCAGAGCACAUUCCAGACCCCGAUGCUUCAAAACCAGAAGAUUGGGACGAUGAAAUGGACGGCGAAUGGGAACCUCCCAUGGUCGAUAAUCCUGACUACAAAGGAGAAUGGCAGGCCAAGCAAUUGGAUAACCCUAAUUACAAAGGAGCAUGGGAGCAUCCAGAGAUCGAUAAUCCAGAAUAUAGUGCUGAUGACAAUCUCUAUCUGCGCAAUGAAAUUUGCACUGUGGGCUUCGAUCUGUGGCAAGUCAAAUCGGGCACAAUAUUUGAUAAUGUCCUCAUCACAGAUGACAUUGAAUUAGCAUCAAAGGUAGCGGCUGAAGUAAAAAAUACACAAGCCGGUGAAAAGAAAGUGAAGGAAUUGCAAGAUGAGGUGCAGCGGAAAAAGGACGAAGAAGAGUCCAAGAAGAAUGCCGAUAAGGAUGAUGAAGACGAUGAUGAUGAUGACGACAAUACAGAGUCUAAGCAAGAGACUGAAGACAAUGGUCACGAUGAAUUAUAAAUGGCAUUUACAAAAAAAAAAGUAUUUGUGCAUCUUUAAUUUGUUUGACAAAUACAAUCAUUCUUAAUAAUAUUUAUGUAGAAUUAAAAUUUGCAAGACUUAUAAGUUUAAAUAAAUGAAUUGCAUAUUAGUCUUCGAAAUAAUAA